AUGCUUGAUCGGCAUGACAAUCAUCCAAAUGAAUUUACCAAACCAUCGGCCGAAACAUUUACUAAUUCAAUUGAUUGUGUGCGUUACAUUACUGAAAAUGAACAAUAUACAAAAUUAUUUUUAAUUGUUUCUGAUGGUACCGGCGCCUCUGCCAGAGAACGAAUUCAAGAACUGGAACGUCUACUUCGACUGUUAAACCGAUCAAUUCAACUGAUUAUCUAUGUCCUUACCAGUGACGAUGGUAAUAAUGCCGAAAAUUAUGAUGAAUCAGCACAAUAUUUCAAUGAUUUUAGCGCUCUUUCUGAUCGCUUACAAGAAGAUUUAUUAACAACAAAUAUCAGUGGUCACUCAUUAUCUGGUUCAACUACGUCUUUGAGCUCUUUAUCCCGGGUCAUUUGUGGUCCCAACAGUUUGAAAAAAGAAAAUGUUAUUGUCUAUUGGAAACGUUUACUGAUUAACCGAUUACUUGAAUUACAACAACCACAAACAGAAAUUCAACAUGGAAUAGAUCAUAUGAAACAGUAUUAUUCGAUGGAUUCAGCAUCCCUAACACAAAUCAGAAAUUUUCAAGAAAAAUAUUUUCAAUCCGAAAAAGAAAUUGGUCCCAUUUGUUGGUUUACCAGCGGUAAUUUCUUGUCAAAAUUCUUACAACGAGCAUUACAAACCAAAAAUAUGGAACAACUGUUUCCAUUACGGUUCUUUAUUCGUGACCUCUAUCAGCAUUUACAACAAGUACAGACAGGUGGAUCAGAUGACAGUAAUUUAGUUGUUUAUCGAAGUGUGUUACCAACCCAAGAUUAUCGUCAUCGUGUUAAUGAAUCGAUAACAAUGAAUAGUUUUUUCUCGACGAGUAUGUCACGCGAUCUUGCUGUUAUAUUUGCUGAACCAUCAUCGAUCCUGUAUGAAAUUCAUACGGGUUUGAAACAAAAUACUGAUUUAGUAUUUGCUAAUCUUAGUGAAUUGAAUGAUGAUGCUAAUAGUUCGUCCACAAUACCACUAGAUCAACAAGAAGUCCUAUUUGCUUUGUACACCCCAUUUCGUAUCUCUGAGGUUAAAAUGGAAGAAGAACUAUCUCGUGUUGUUUUACAUUUACUUGAUAACGAUGAUUUAGCUCGAAUAUCGAAUGAAAUGGAACAACAAUUUAAAGGUACACCAUGUGAAACAGAGAAAUUAUUAGAACGUGGCAAAUAUUGGGAAGGACGAGGUGACAUUGGGAAAGCAGUUGAGUACUAUAAAAAAUUAUUUACAAUCUUGCUGUCAAACGAGAAUGAACGUAUUGAAACGAUCAAUGAUAAAUUAGGACAAUUGUAUACAGAAGAACAAGAGGGAGGUAUGGAGAGACGACAUUGCUCAUUGACGUAUUCAUAA